AUGAAGGCCAGGAAAACCUUCGUGCUAGUCAUCGGGGGGGGUCCCACGGGGAUCACGACGGGGAUGUACCUACAGAAGCACAGAAUACCACACAUACUAAUUGAGAAAGAUAAACACAUCGAAAAGGUACCCAAAGCGCACUAUUACAACAACCAAACGAUGGAAGCAUGGAGAGGGAUCUUCCAUCUAGAUAAGUGUUUCCUAAACGAAACGGAGGACAUCAGCUUGUGGAAAACCUUUCAAUAUGGAUUAAGUUUGAACAAGGACAAAACCUUGUGCAAGUAUGAUAACUUUAGGGAUAAAUACAUGUAUAGGAAUACGUACUAUGAGGACAUUAGCCCUUCCAAGGUCACCCAUUUGUCACAGUACAAACUGUUGGGUAUCCUCUACAGCUACUAUUUCAGCCAAAUCAAAUGUGACCCCCGUCAAAAGAGGGCAUUUUUAAAAAACAUAAGGUUGAAGUUUUCCACGCACCGAUUGUUGAGGUACAUUUGUGGCCACAGUAGGUUGGGAGAAGAGACAGACCAAGCGGUAGGCGCGGACAAAGCGAUAGAUAAGGGAGCAUCUGAGGGGACGGAUAAAGACGUCACAGGAGAAGCACUUUGUGAAGAAGCAGUUUAUAAAAAUUAUUUCGCCUACGACCCGUCCGAAUUCCUGAUAGGAUACGAAUUUGUCAAUUUCGGGAACAUCCCAGAGGGGGGGAAUUCUUGCCAUCUCGGGGGCGUUGUGACUCGAGUUAGGAAUCUACACAACAACGAAGAAGAAGUGAUCCUAAGUAACUACGUUUUCGUGUGUGAGGGGGGAAAAAGUAGCAUAAAAAAAAGCCUAAGGAUAAAUGACGAAAAUAGGAAGGACUACAUGAAAUUUAUAAAUAUCCACUUUCAGUCUUUGCGUCUGAGCGAUAUAGUCAAGUGCAACCCAUCCAUGUUGUACUUUUUAUUUAGCGAAUACAUAGGGGUGUUAGUUUCACACAAUUACAAACAGGGAGACUUCGUUUUACACAUCCCGUACAUAACGGAGAGGGAAGCAGAAAUUUAUAACCACAGAAGUAAGUGCCUAGAAAUGAUAAACAAGCUGACUGAUUUCGAGCUGCAGGAUGUGUGUAUUCAUAAUGUGUAUAAAUGGACCAUGCAUAGCUCCAUUGCUUCCACAUUUAUCGACAAAAAAACCAAGAGGAUUGUGUUGCUGGGGGAUGCGGCUCACAAAUUGCCCCCGUCAGGAGGGUUUGGUUUAAACUUAGGAAUUGGCGAUGUGAUAAACAUGGUGUGGAAAACUAUUCGAAUUUAUAAGUUAAAAAAAAAAAAAUUUCUUGACAACAUAAGGAAGGUGCCCGAGUUCAGUAGUGCCCACCGAGAUGAAACCCCCGAAUCGGAUGCGGAGACUGCCCUGUUCCUUGGACUUAACAAAUUAACUCUCCCUUUUAACAUGUUGAACAGAUUGGAAAAAAAACAAAUAGAGAAUUACAUCGAGUCGUAUAAUAUUGAGAGGAAGUUGGUGGCUAAUUACACCAUACACCAUGCUGUUAGAAAUUACGAAAAAGGAAAUAACGUACCAAGUUUGCUAGGAUAUAAUCACAACUGUUUUGUAAGAUAUGUAAGCUCCUGUAGGGUUAACUCCAUUCAGAGGUCACUCUUGUUUUAUUACCUACUUGCAAAUGCUAAAGGACUCUUAAGAUUUAUUAACAACCUUCCCUACAUUUUCGAAUUCAAUCGAGCACGAGCAGAAUAUUUUGUUCAAAAUGAGCGGAAGAAUAUUCUCUCUUUGCUGUACCCUGGUGUGGACUUCGGCUAUUCUUACAUAGAUACCAUGUGCAAUGUUGGAGAGGUGGAAGAGGAGGCCGAUCUGGGGAGGGGAGAAAAAGGGGGAGACACACAUGCUGCCGCAGGCAAUCCCAGUGAGCGCGGCGAUUUUGGCGAACUUGGCGAACGUGAAGAGAGUGGGCAACGGUACGAUGGGCAUCAGGACAAGCAGCACCACAAGCAGCACCACAAGCAGCAGCACAAACAGCAGCACAAACAGCAGCACAAACAGCAGCACAAACAGCAGCACAAACAGCAGCACAAACAGCAGCAGCACAGUGACGAGGGUGGCGCCCCCCCAAAGUACAACAUUUUCGAAAAGCAGAAUGAAAAGGUACCCAAAUUGAAAAUAUGCAAAAAUAUAUACGAUCACCAAAUGAGCAACGUAGUGGGGGCCAAAAUCCCCCAUUUUAAUCUGUAUACAUUUGACGCGAAAUGUAUUUACAAAAUAUCGACAGUGGAUCUACCCAUAUUUAACAACCCGUCGUUAUCCGUUUUAAUCAUCCUAUUUAAUGAUACAACUUUAAAUGACAUGACCCACUUUUUGGACGCACAUAAUAUACCAAGGGAUAAAUUUUCCUUCUGCUUAUGGGACUCCAACGUUGUGGUAAGCAAAAAUGCGGAGGACCAAUCCGUUCGAAUUUUAAAACGGAACGAUUCUGCGAUGGUAGAUAAUGAUGACUCCUCUGGUAUGAGUGUAACUUUAAGUGACUAUGUCCUCUUUCCAAAAUGCGAUUAUAAUUUAGUGGGAGACGCCAGAAAUGUGCAGCAUAUACACAUGGAUGUGAAGGAGUACAACGUGAGCUACGUGUUCACGGCGGACAUAAUACGGGACUUGUUUUUUGAUACCCUCAUGUUGAAGUCGGAUAAUUCAUUCGUAAUUUUAAGACCCGAUCGGCAUAUCAUAUCGGUUGGGGAAGGCAACUGGGCGGAUCACCUACGGGAUGUGAACGAGCUGUACAUUUGA